AGAUUCUCUCUCCUUUUUUUUUCCUUUAUUGAAAAAAGGCUCUUCCUUUUUUUUUUCUUCUAAAAAAAAAAAAAGAGAAAUUAAUUCUUUUUAAAAAUACAUAAUCAAAUCAAUCAUUUCCAGAAACAAUUUCUCUAUUUCCAAACUCCAAAUCAAUGGAGGAAGCAGGACGACCACUUCCAAAAUUCGGUGAGUGGGAUGUCAAUGAUCCAGCAACAGCUGAGGGGUUCACGGUGAUCUUUAACAAAGCUAGAAAUGAGAAAAGGUCAGGUGGAAAGGCAGACGCGCCACCAAAGAGUAACCACAAGCAUACAGCAACGCUUGGGAAGCCUCAAUCUAAGAAAUGGUUCUGCUGUAUGCGGUCUGGUGCUGUCGAGUGAUGAACUCUGUCAAGCUAUGAUGGAUCGAUCUCGGUGGGAUAAAACACUGUCAUUUAUAAACAACUGAAAUGAAAGUACUGUGUUUUGCUACCAGAACAUAUUGCUGCAUCUGUGCUUAACUUUUUUCUAGUUUCGAGUUUAUAAUAAUCGAUUAUCUUCCCAUUUUCUUGUCAAGGCUUUGGGAGGUUGGUUUUUGUUGUCAUUACUUUUACUUGUGUUUCUCGAUUGA